UCAUCACAACCCUAAUCCUAAAUCCCCCUCUCCUCUCCCCAUUUUUACCCCUCCCCUCUCCUGUCCUCUCCGCCGCCGCAGCGCCGCCUCGACCGCAGCUCGCACGGACGGACGCGUUCCAGUUCCACCGCCCGUCGUCGUCGAUUCCACUCGUCGCCGAUUUCAAUAUGGAGACUGCGGCUCAAGAUUUUCACCCUCGUACAUUUUCAAUCAAACUAUGGCCACCCAGUGAAAGUACGAGAUUGAUGCUUGUGGAGCGGAUGACCAAGAACCUUUCCACGGAAUCUAUAUUUUCCAGAAAGUAUGGACUCUUGAGCAAAGAAGAGGCCAGUGAGAAUGCUAAACGGAUAGAGGAUGAAUGUUUUGCUGCUGCUAAUGAACAUUUUAAUAAAGAGCCUGAUGGGGAUGGGAGUUCUGCAGUUCAGCUAUAUGCCAAGGAAACUAGUAAGCAAAUGCUGGAAGUUCUUAAGAGAGGCCCGAGGCCAAAAGAGGAUGGAGAAGUGACUGUAGUUAGUGAGUCUCGUGCACCUGGCAAAACUGUUUUCGAUAUCUCUGGUGGACGUCGGGCUUUUAUUGAUGCUGAGGAAGCCCGGGAACUCCUAAGUCCUCUAACAGAGAAAGCGGAUUUGUAUACAAAAAUUUGCUUCAGCAAUAGAAGUUUUGGUAUUGAUGCAGCUCUUGUUGCAGAGCCUAUCCUCACAUCCCUCAAAGAGCAGCUGAAAGAAGUAGACCUUUCAGAUAUAGUUGCAGGGAGGCCAGAAGAUGAAGCUCUUGAGGUUAUGAGGAUAUUCUCGUCGGCCUUGGAAGGUUGUGUGCUGAGAUAUCUGAACCUAUCUGACAAUGCUCUAGGUGAGAAGGGUGUCAGGGCAUUUGGAGCACUUCUAAAAUCCCAGAACAGCUUGGAGGAGCUUUACGUAAUGAAUGAUGGGAUAUCUGAGGAAGCUGCAAAGGCCCUGAAUGAGCUUGUUCCAUCAACUGAGAAGAUUAAGAUUCUGCAUUUCCAUAACAAUAUGACUGGAGAUGAAGGUGCAGCUGCAAUCUCUCAGAUCUUGAAACGUUCUCCUGCACUGGAGGACUUCAGAUGCUCAUCAACGAGGGUGGCCUCUGAGGGAGGUAUUGCAUUGUCUGAGGCUUUGGAGGCUUGUACUCAUUUGAAGAAGCUUGACCUCCGAGAUAACAUAUUUGGUGUGGAUGCUGGGAUAGCCCUAAGUAAGACUGUCGGAAAGCUUGCUGGCCUUACUGAAGUUUACCUGAGCUAUCUCAAUUUAGAAGACGAAGGGGCUGUUGCGAUUGCCAAUGCUCUGAAACAGUCUGCUCCUUCCCUUGAUGUCUUGGAGAUUGCUGGAAAUGAGAUCACAGCCAAAGCUGCCCCAGCAUUGGUAGAAUGUGUCGUUUCAAAGCAGUUCCUCAGGAAGUUGAACUUGUCAGAGAAUGAACUGAAGGAUGAGGGUGCAGUUCUGAUCGGCAAAGCACUGGAAGGUCAUACCCAGCUCAAAGAACUUGAUCUGAACACUAAUAUGAUAAGGAGGGUUGGGGCAAGAUGCUUGGUUCAGGCAGUGUCAAGUAAACCUGACUUUGUGCUUCUGAACAUCAAUGGUAAUGCCAUCUCUGAUGAAGGCAUUGAUGAACUGAAGGAGAUACUGAAGGCUGGUAAGAACUCAGUGGGUGUGCUUGGACCAUUGGACGAGAAUGAUCCUGAGGGGGAAGGUGAAGAAGAGGGAGAAGAGGAGGCAGAAGGAGAGGAGGGUCCUGCAGGAGAUGAGGGGGAAUUGGAGUCGAAGCUUCAACAUCUCAAUGUAGAUCAGGAGUAAAGAUUGCCAUUAUACUGAGAUACAAGCUUCAGUUGUAUGACUCAAUUUAUGCUCUAUGGACUGGUGUACUGUGAAAUAUCUUGAAAAUGGCAGUAAACAUUUUCUGGCAUGUUGACUGUCAUUGCUGUCACAGUUGAAGACCAGCUUUUGCUGGUGCUUGACAACUCUAUAUUAGGUCCCCUGUAGCUUAGGUUUGACCUUUAACAUGCCUAUGUUUCUCUUAUUGUGUUGAAUGAUUUUGGAUUCUCAUGUCCCUUGGACUUCUUGCUGUGUUCUUGUGGUUUUGUUAUCCUGUUGGUCAUGAUGCUCUUUUUGCUUUCAUGGUAUUUGGGGGUACUACUGCUCA